AUGAAGUUUCUUAAUACUUUGCUCUACGGAGCUCUCCUCUUUUCCGAGGUGUCGGCUACCAAAAAACUGACUCCCAGUCAAGUUGAGGGUGACAUUAAAAAGUCCAAUCUUCGCAAGACUCUUGAAGACCUCAACACCAUCGCCAAGAAGAACGGUGGUAACCGUGCCUUUGGCUUCCCCGGCUACAAGGCCUCUGUCGACUACAUCUCCAAGCAGCUCAAGGGCCAAUACGGAAAGCAUCUCAACACUUACAUCCAGCCCUUCAACUACACCUUCGAGCAGACCAAAGAUAUCUGGGUCCGAGGCCCCGAUGGUGAGGACGUCUAUGUCAUCACCCUCAUCUACAACGUCGGCACACCUCCCGAUGGUGUCACUGCCCCUCUUGUUCUCGUUCCAAUUGAUGAUGAGCGCGGAUCUGGUUGCUUCGCGGACCAAUGGGAGGAUGUUGAUGCUAAGGAUAAACUCGCUCUUGUUAAGCGCGGCUCGUGUGCUAUCUCGGACAAGCUCAAGCUCGCAAAGCAGGCCGGCGCUCUUGGUGUUCUCCUUGUCAACAACCAACCUGGCGAGGGCAUUACUAGUGCGACUCUUAGUGCUGAGAACCUUGAGCUCAUCGUCCCUGUUGGUGUGAUUCCUCUUGAAGUUGGAACUGAUUGGAGAGCACGUAUUGAGGAUGGUGAGACGCUCGAGGUCACUUUGCUGGUGGACUCUUUCUAUGAGACCCGUGAGACCUGGAACAUCAUCGCGGAGACUAAGCAGGGUGACCCCAACAACGUUGUCAUGAUGGGUGCUCAUCUUGACAGUGUCCAAGCUGGUCCCGGUAUCAAUGAUGAUGGUAGUGGAGCUGCGGGUAUUCUUGAGAUUGCAAAGUCUUUCACCAAGUACACUGGCUACAAGAACAAGGUCCGCUUUGCUUGGUGGGGUGCUGAAGAGAGUGGCCUUGCGGGAUCAUACUACUACGGCGAGCAACUCACCGAGGAGGAAGCUGACAGCAUCCGAUUCUACUUCAACUACGACAUGAUCGGUUCUCCUAAUCCCAAGUACUGGGUCCAGGCUAGCAAGCCCGCUGACCGAGUUGGAGGAGAUAUCCUGGCUGCUUGGCUCCGCAAGAAGGGCAAGACCAUUGAGUGGGAGGAGUUUGGUGAAAACUCCGACUACGCCGCCUUCGUCGAACUCGGCAUUCCCUCGUCCGGAAUCUUCACCGGCGCUGAUGCUGAGACUGAUCCUUGCUACCACUUGGAAUGCGACACCAUCGACAACAUCCACUGGGGUGCUUUGACCCUCAACACCAAGGCUGCUGGCCGUGCUGCUGCCCAGUUCGCUCUUAGCCUCAAAGGCGUUCCUGCACGAGACAAGACCUCUGCUAACCCCAAGAGCAAGCGAGCUGUUGCGGCGCGCUUUGAGCAGUGGCAGAAGAAGAAGACUCUUGCUAGCAAUGCGCAUAAGUGCAACCAUAAGACCAAGGUUGUCGUCUAA